CGCGCCGCUCACCGCGCGACCCUGCCGGCCACCGCGUGACCCUGCUCGGUAAUAGCGUCACCCCGUCUGGCACAGUGUUACCCCUCUGGCACGAGUGGUGUGAGCUGCGGAGCCGGCGCCAGCGCGAGCUCUUGUGCCGGUGCAGGGCGGCCGGCCGUGACCGGCCAGACCACGCGAGCCACCCCAGCCGCCUGGCAGAGUCCGACCUCCCAGUCAGUGCCGGUGACCGCGGGCACGCGAAGCGGGCCGAUGACAGCCAGAGUCGUGCAUCUGCCGCGCUAGCAUGCAGGACAUAUACGACUCAGCCCUGAAGCGCGAGCAGCGUCGCCGUGACUCGCGGCUCCACACAGGCGUCGACUCACUCUUCGACUUCGACGAGCUGAGGCCCGACUCCGAGGUCACGGCCAACGGCCACAAGCACUCGCCGCUCUUCGACAAGAAGCGGUACGAGCCGAAGGGGUUCAUCGCCGAGCUGACGGCGGCCGAGAGCCGGCGCGAGCCCCGCAUCUCAGUGCCGCUCUUCGACACUGAGGUCAGCCUGGCGCGCGGCUCCAUACCGCCUAUCGUGCUAUGCCAGUGUAACGGGCGAAGGGCGUACGCGCUGCUCGACACCUCCAACGUCUACUCCACCAUCUCCCGCGGCCUAGUCAGCGCCUUCAACAUGUCCAGGGACGUCAUUCAGGACCGAACGACGCCGCCAUCACCAAUAUCAGGACUGGAGAGGCCUAUCAUUCAUGGGAAGCUCAAAUACAUGGAGGUGUCAUUGGGCAAAAGUCAGCUUAACAUGCAGCUAUUUGUAGUUUCAGACACGACGCCAGAGCUGGUGCUCGGCGUUGACUUUCUGAAGAAGACCCAGACGGUCAUCAACUUCUCCGAGUCGUGCGCGCUGGUGGGUGGCGAGAAGGUGCGCUUCGUCAGCGGCCAGGAGUUGGGCGGCCUGACGAAAGGGCGGCCGCUCUAACGCGCCGCCCAUGUGAUACGCUCAUCAAAGUUUUAUAAUGAACGCGGCCGGCCGUCCGCCGCCGGCCACCGCUGCGGCUGGGUGGGGAGCCGGCAGCACGCGAGGGACGCAGCGUCGUGAGCCGCGCGAUC